CAUACAAACGAAAAACAAUUUCCAUUCAAAAUAUAUGCUACAAAUGGCAAUUCCAAGGCUUCCACAUAUCUUUCAGCUUUCAGUUCUUUUGGUUCUAUCUACUUCAUGGGCAACUUCAGCUUCAGCUGAUCCUGAGAACUUUGUUCAUUGCCUUCUAAACCAUUCCCAACCUUCUCACCCAAUUGCCCCAGCAAUUUACUCUCCCAACAAUGCUUCCUACUCAUCCGUUUUGGAAUCUUACAUCCGAAACCUCCGAUUCAACACAUCUACAACCCGAAAACCCUUCCUCAUCCUCACUGCAUUGCAUGAGUCCCACGUGCAAAUAUCCGUUGUUUGUGCCCAGAUCCAUAACUUGCAAAUGAAGAUUAGAAGUGGAGGCCAUGAUUACGAGGGUGUAUCGUACGUGGCUGAAGUUCCAUUCUUCAUCCUCGACAUGUUUAAUCUUCGGUCCAUCCACGUAGACAUCAAAUCCGAGACUGCAUGGGUCCAGGCUGGGGCUACUCUUGGUGAAGUUUACUAUAGAAUUGCCGAGAAAAGCAAAACCCAUGGCUUUCCCGCUGGUGUUUGCCCUACAGUUGGCGUUGGAGGCCACUUCAGUGGCGGUGGAUAUGGUAAUAUGAUGAGAAAGUACGGCUUGUCAGUUGACAACAUAGUUGAUGCACAACUUGUGAAUGUGCAUGGUGAACUUCUCGACCGAAAAUCAAUGGGAGAAGACCUUUUUUGGGCCAUUACAGGAGGCGGAGGAGCCAGCUUUGGAGUUGUGAUCGCGUAUAAAAUUAAUCUUGUACGAGUUCCAGAAAUAGUUACUGUUUUCAGGGUUUCGAGAACCCUGGAACAAAAUGCGACAGACAUUGUCUACCGUUGGCAAUAUAUCGCGGAUAAACUUGACGAUGACUUGUUCAUCAGGCUUACCAUGGAUGUUGUAAAUGGUACUAGUUCAAAUAGUAGUGGAGAAAACAAUAAGACUCUUAGGGCUUCAUUUAUUGCCAUGUUUCUCGGAGACUCUGAGAGGCUCCUUUCAAUCAUGAACAAGAGCUUCCCUGAAUUGGGUUUGAAGCAAUCUGAUUGCGCCGAAAUGAGCUGGGCUCAAUCUGUGCUUUUCUGGACGAGCUUCCCAACUGGGACAUCUACUGAAGCUUUGCUUUCUAGAACACCUCAAGUGCUUACACGCUUGAAAAGAAAAUCAGACUACGUCAAAAAACCAAUUCCAAAAACUGGUUUGAAGUGGAUUUUUCAGAAAAUGAUUGAGCUUGAGGCACCAAUGUUGACCUUUAACCCCUACGGCGGAAAAAUGAGUGAGAUAUCGGCGUCGGCAACUCCGUUUCCUCAUAGAGCUGGGAAUCUUUGGAAGGUUCAGUAUGCAACAAACUGGGACAUACUGGGGACCGAGGCAUCAGAUCAUUAUAUUGAAUUGACAAGAAAGCUCCACAUGUACAUGACUCCUUUUGUUUCCAAAAAUCCAAGGGAAGCCUUUUACAACUACAAGGAUCUUGACAUUGGGAUCAACCAUAAUGCUAAUGGCAUGUCAAGCUAUUUGGAGGGGAGAGUUUAUGGCAUUAAGUACUUCAAGCAUAACUUUGAUAGGUUGGUGAAUGUGAAGACCAAGGUCGAUCCUGGUAAUUUCUUUAGGAAUGAACAAAGUAUCCCAACUCUUCCACUCUAAAGAGGAAAUAGUUAUAACUAGCAUUGUGAUUGAUUUGGUCAUUGUUUAGCUUGUUUGUUAUAUUUUUUUUAUGUAUAUCUUUAAUAUUGUUUGUAAAAUAAAAAAUUGUACUCUAUGUUUUAAUCAGCCAAAGAAAUAAAAAAGAAGAAAGAUAUUGCUUCCAA